AUCACGUGACCAAACGCCCUCCCAUCAAUAACAAAAUGUGACAGCUAGAAGAGAAUGGUGAACCUAGAGAAUUUACAAGUUGAGGUCAUUUGUAUUUAAUCACAGUCUAAGUUUGUGGUUAUAAACCUGGUGUUAUAACGGCCUGUGCAGAGAGAAUAACAUGUGAAUUUGGAAAGUGUUGUUGUCUCACCUGUGGGCUUUGUCGUAUUUUUGGCUGGUUCAAGUGGUUGCGUGUAAAAUGUGAACGUGUCGCAGCAGUGCAUGGUUUGUAGAAUAUAUCCCAAUUCGGAUGAACUUGAUAUUGAAGUAUGACCUUAAUAUCAAACUACAACACUGUAAAUCCAUGUUAGAGUCGGGGUGGAGCAUGUGUGUUUACUUCUGAGACGAGAAUAACGGGUUUGAAAAACUAUAACUUAUAAAUCGAAGACUGGUAAAAAGUAAACAUGGCAAACGGAACCGGAAAUAUCCGCUUUACCAAUAGCACUUUGGAACCUACCGACCAUGUUCACUAUUCUGUAGGAAUGGCCGCAUUCGGAAUCAUUUUAGCUAUCUGGAUAAUCUUUGUCAAUGGAGCCCUUAUUAUUGGUGUUCUUUCCAGCAAAGAAAGAAGAAAUAACAACUUCAUGUUGCACAUUAUCAAUAUUGCGGUGGCAGACAUUUUUGUAGGAAUAUUGGUGCUUCCAAUCUUGGCUGAUUAUUUGUUGGCUGGUUCAUGGAAAUUAGGCGCCGAAGCCUGCCAAUUCUGGGUCAUCACUGAUAUUCUCAUGUGUACCGUGUCUAUCAUUGCUAUCGUUAUGGUCAGUUAUGAUCGGUUUAUAUACCUUGUCUGGCCGAAGUUUUAUACUUCCGGUUGGAAGCAGUAUAUAUUAGGAUCUGUGAUGAUCCUUAUUCCCUGGGUUGUUGGACUUGGACUCGUUCUCCCUUUGUGGCUAAAUGGACAAUCGUUACACCAAGAAAAUGAUUGUCUUGUCAUCUUAAACCGUGAUUUUAAAAUAGUAUCCUGCUUCGUUAGCUUCUUUGUCCCCGCCUUCUUUGCGAUCUGCUUGAACUUCUCGGUUCUACUAAUGCUAUGUGUCCUGAGAAGAAGGUGGCAAGAGAGAUAUGUCCCAACAGCCAAACGACCAGCUCGUCAAAUUUUAACCGUUGCUUUAGUCAGCCUUGUUUUUGUUGUGAUGUGGUUACCAUUUUUUGUUUUGAUGAUGCUCCAAGCUGUGGAUGUCGACGAGGGGAUAUCCGGUAGAAUGCUAGAACUAUCAAUAUGGCUUGGGUAUUUGAAUUCAGGAGUAACUCCAGUACUAUGGUUAAUAUAUCCAUUGGUUAGAGAAAGUUAUUUGGAUCUCGUCUGUUGUAGAAAGAAACCAGAAAAGAGACCAGACGACACGAGGCUUUCGAUGAUUGAAGACCUCAAUGACGAUACUGAAAUGAGAGAAAUUAAUUAAUAUAUUUCUAAAUCAAAAAAGACAUUUUGUUAGGAUCUGGUGGUUUGCCGAUUUGAUCCGAGCAGUGCUCAAAAGUAUGGGUUGGUAAAAUGUGGUUUGCCGUCAAAAGAAGUAGGCAACUAAUCUUGUCGACCAAUGAAGUUCAAAGGUUAGGGUUAACCGAUGCUGUGAACUGCAUUUAUGGUAUUCCAGGGCUAGAGUUAACUGGUUGUGUGGACCAAAGAAUUCGAGUGUAAGGGUUAGGUUCUUCGAGGGGUUCUAGAAGACGUUUUAUGGUAUUUUGUACCAACCACCCAAUUAUACGCCAUUCGUGUUGAAACGUAUCUGAAUUGUUGAUGUAUAGUGGAUUGCUUGGGUUUAUAGUCUCUUCUAAAGUUUGACCAUAAUUUUAACAAGAUUAGCAAUGCCAUUAAUGUAAAUCGUGUUAAUUUAGUCAUGUAAUUGGAUGAAUUUGAUUCUGGCUUUUAGGAUUUAGUUAAAAUAACAGAACAAGAUAUUUAAAUAUUUGUAUAAUAUAAAGACUAGUCAUUAACGUAUUUAGUUUUUAAAAAAUGUUUUAAAUGAAUACUGUAGGCAGUAAUGGACUCUAGCCAAAAUGUAAUUUCUAAUCAUUUAGUAAUCUAGUCGCUUAUGUUGCUAGCUUUAACAUAAUCUAGGUGCAUGUUAAAAGAUAACGGUUAAUACCAGAUGAGGGUAUUAAAGUCUCAAAUCAAACCCUGCAGACAAAGUUUCUAGCUUACAAUACGAUAGAUUCUGAGGUAUGAGCCAUAGGGACUUGUUAACCGGCAAUAUUGUGCUCGGCCAACCAAUCAAUCUAUGUUUGAACCAGCGCAAGUCUUAGUGUAACAAUAUAUCAUGAGACUGAGCUUUUGUCUAAAUGAAGAAAUUUAUAAUAGAUCGAACCUGGGCUUAAUUUCAUAAUGUAUAUUGAUUGUACUGGUAGAAAUGGUCUGAUAUUUUGCUGCAAAGUAAUUAUUUUUCAUGUGAUAUUGAUGAUAUGUAUUAUAUAUAAUAAUAAAAUACGGUAUAUACUUA